AUGGCGGCACCUCGCGCACACCGUAAUGAUACAAGCUCCAGCUCCGGCUCCCGCGACGACAUCACGCCCGUCGAUCAAUAUACCGAGUUUGUUGAUCUCGAGAAGAACCUGAGCGACGCCAACACGCCGUCGUCGCCCACGCCUGCGAUCCUCGAGACGGAGCUCUUCUCCGUCAAGUCGUUCCAGGACGACGGCAUCACGCUCUUCUCGCCGCACUCGACGCCCGAGUUGGCCCUCGCAUGGCCGCCCGGCUGGACGAAGGAGACGGCCGCGGAUGCUCCGGACCACGGUCGCCGAGGCAAAGUGCUGUCGAAGCGGCCGCCCGCCAAAGGGUCCACGCCCAAGACGGACUCCAAAACAAAGCCCGCCAAGCCCCAGCCCAAUGUGGGCCGUUGGCUGCGCUUCCGGCUCUGGCUCAACACGUACCGCGGCUUCUUUAUUUUCGUGACGCUGCUCAACCUCGUCGGCAUCGUUCUGGCCGCCACGGGCCACUUUCCGUACGCCGACAACCACCUGGGCGCGCUCGUCCUGGGCAACCUGCUGUGUGCCAUUCUCAUGCGCAACGAGCUGUUCCUGCGCUGCCUGUACACCCUCUCCAUCUACGGCCUGCGGUCCUGGGCGCCCGUGCGCGUCAAGCUGGCCGUCACGUCCGUGCUGCAGCACGUCGGCGGCAUCCACAGCGGCUGUGCCCUGUCGGGCGCGGGCUGGCUGCUGUUCAAGGUCGUCGACAUUGUGCUGCACCGCGCCGUGCAGCCCGACUCCGUGCUGGCGACAGGCGUCGUCACCAACGUGUGCGUCAUGGUGUCCAUUCUGAGCGCGUUCCCCUGGGUGCGCAACAACCACCACAACACGUUUGAGCGGUACCACCGGUUCAUCGGCUGGCUGGGCCUCGCGGCGACGUGGGUCUUUGUGAUUCUGGGCAACACGUACGACCUCAAGCUGGGCGCGUGGCGCGCUGACGCACACUCGCUGCUGACGGCCCAAGAAAUGUGGUUCGCCGCCUUCAUGACCAUCUUCGUCAUCAUUCCGUGGGUCACCCUCCGCGAGGUCCCCGUCGAGGUCGAGCUGCCGUCGCCCAAAGUGGCCAUCCUGCGCUUCGAGCGCGGCAUGCAGCAGGGCCUGCUGGGCCGCAUCAGCCGCACGUCCCUGAUGGAGUACCACGCGUUUGGCAUCAUCAGCGAGGGCCGCACAGCCGGCCACCACUUUAUGAUUUGCGGCGUGCAGGGCGACUUCACCAAGGGGCUCGUCAGCGACCCGCCCAAGACGGUCUGGACGCGCGAGCUCAAGUUUGCCGGCGUCGGCCACGCGUCGGCCAUGUUCAAGCGCGGCAUCCGCAUCUGCACGGGCACGGGCAUCGGCGCGGCCCUCUCGACCUGCAUCCAGAGCAAGAACUGGUUCCUCAUCUGGAUCGGGUCGGACCAGGAAAAGACGUUUGGGCCGACCAUCACGGGGCUGAUCCACAAGCACAUUGAGCCCGAGCGGAUGAUCCUGUGGGACUCCAAGAAGCGCGGCGGGCGCCCAAACAGCGUGCAGCUGCUCAAGGACACGUGGACGAGCUUUGGUGCCGAGGUCAUCUUCAUCACGUCCAACAUGCAGGGCAACGAUGAGAUGAUGCAAGGCUGCCGUGAGGCCGGCAUGCAUGCUUUUGGCACGCUCUGGGACUUCUGA